AUGGACAGCAGCAGUGAGCCGCUGGGGGCGGGGGAGGACGAGGCGGCGGGCACCUCGGCCUCUGAGGGGCUGGAGGAGGGGGAGGUGGAGGGCGAGACGCUGCUGAUCGUGGAGUCGGAGGACCAGGGCUCGGUGGACCUGUCACAUGACCAGAGCGGAGACUCUCUGACCAGCGACGUGGGCGAGGAGGCCGACGGCAGCUGGGCCUGCGAGGACAUGUCCUUCUACUGCGACCGCUGCCACAAGUGGACGCCUGCAGCUCAGCUCCGUGGGGAACAGCCCAGCUACCUGAAGGGAGACAACUUCUUCAAGUUCCUCUGCUGCGAGUGCUCCGAGGACGGGAAGGAGAGCUUCGAGAGGAUGAGACUCACCUGGCAGCAGGUGGUGAUGUUGGCCAUGUACAAUCUGUCUCUGGAGGGAACGGGUCGUCAGGGCUACUUCAGGUGGAAGGAGGAUAUCUGUGCUUUCAUUGGUCGACACUGGAACUUCCUGCUGGGAACAAGGAAGAAGACGUCCACCUGGUGGAGCACGGUGGCCGGCUGCCUGUCGGUCGGUAGUCCCACCUUCUUCCGCUCUGGAGCGCAGGAGUUCGGUGAACCCGGCUGGUGGAAACUGGUCCAGAAUCGACCUCCGACCCUGAGACCGGAGGUGGAGAAACCCACCACUAAGACUAAAGCCUCCAAACCUGUCGUGGACCCGAUCAUCACCGUGGAGGGUCUGAGGAAGCGUGGAGCCAGGAACCCGGUGGAGAACGCCAUGCAGCUGAAGGAGAAGCGCUCUCGCACACAGGAGGCCAAAGACAUCCGCCGGGCGCAGAAGGAGGCGGUGGGAGGCUACACCGACCGCAGCGCCUCCUCCACGCCCGUCAAACUGGGCGGAGGGCGCAGCGGCACCACCGGACGCCGGCCCGAUCUCAUCCUGGAGAAGGGUGAGGUCAUUGAUUUCUCCUCCCUCAGCUCUUCAGACCAGACCCCGCUCACCAGCCCUUCACCAUCACCUUCACCCGACUUCUCCGCCCCGGGGACGCCGGCGUCUCAGUCAGCGACGCCCAGCCUGCUGUCAGAGGCCGACCUCAUCCCGGACGCCAUGCCUCCGCAGGCGCUGUUCCACGACGACGAGGAGCUUGAGACGGAGGGAAUGAUCGACCCUGGGAUGGAGUACAUUCCUCCUCCCAGUGCCAGCCUGGUCGCCCGUAAGAAGCUCCGCCCAGCACCUCCUCACAUCAAGCGUGAAGCCGACAGCGAGGAGGAGGACGGCCGCGAGCGCGAGGAGGACUUUGAGGAGCCGGCGGGACGAGGUGAAGGUCCGUCCCUCUCUGCCGGGGGCUGUGUCGGUGCUGGAGGUCCUGAGCGGCGGAGGAUUCCUCAUCCUGACAAAGCAGACGGAUCCUGUGGCAUCUCCCAGAAUCCUCGGUACGCACCGCUCACGCUCUACGAGGAGCGGAUGCUGCUGCGCCGGCUGGACGCCUGCCCGCUGGCGCUCGCCGUCACGCCGCAGGCAAAACGCCUCCACAGGAAGCUGCUGAUCCGCCAGGCCAAGAGGCAGAGAGGGCUCCCCCUGCUGGACAUCGACCGGGCAGUCAACGCCACCCUCAGCCUGGUGGGAGGGAUUUAUGGUGCCCAGGAGGCGGGGACACUGAUGGGAGGCGGAGCCAUGGGGAAGUACUGCACCAACAGCCACGAGCUGCGAGUCCUCGAUCGCUUCCAGACCAACGUCUCCAGCAGACGAGGUGUCCAGCAGCCGUCUGUGUCCUUCUGGCACCGUCUGAUGGGAGCGGAGGGCAGUUUGGACCAGAGCAUCAAGAGUCCGUACACGUCCCGGAUCCUGAAGCCUUUCAUCAGGAGGGAUUACGAGAGUCGUCCGGUGAAGCUCCGGUUGUUGGCGGAGAUCCGAGCUCACCCUCACAGAGCCGAGCCCGACUGGGUCCCGGAGCCCAACGCCCCCAUCGACUACUGCUACGUCCGCCCCAACCACAUCCCCUCCGUCAACGCCAUGUGUCACGACAGCUUCUGGCCAGGUGUGGACCUUUCCGAGUGUCUGCAGUACCCGGACUUCAGCGUGGUCGUCCUCUACCAGAAGGUCGUGAUCGGCUUCGGUUUCAUGGUGCCGGACGUGAAGUACAACGAGGCCUACAUCUCCUUCCUGCAGGUCCACCCCGAGUGGAGGAGAGCCGGCAUCGGCACCUUCAUGAUCUACCACCUCAUCCAGACGUGCAUGGGGAAGGACGUGACGCUCCACGUGUCGGCCAGUAACCCCGCCAUGCUGUUGUACCAGAAGUUUGGAUUCAAGGCUGAAGAGUACAUCCUGGACUUCUAUGAUAAGUACUACCCUGUGGACAGCACCGAGUGCCGCCACGCCUUCUUCCUCCGGCUGAGACGAUGAAGAGCAGAGCGAGGGAGGAGACAUGUGACUGCUGGGUACAGCCAAUCGGGAUGAAGCUUCUCAUUUCUAGUUUUUCUUGUUCAUAAAAGUCGUGACUUUGUUGUUGUCUGAACUUGUUUCUUUCAAUCGUCAGUUAAACAUCUGAAUGUUUCAUUAAAGUCAAAAUUUCAAAUGUU